AUGUAUUAUGAUGAUAGGAAUUCAAAUGAAAGUGAAUCUGAUGAUGAUAUUGUUCUUGAUGAAAAAUCUGUUGAAUUAGCUUUGAGAAGUUUACCAUCAUCACCUGAACGUGAUCAUGUUAAUGUAUUAGAAAUAUCUACCACCUUAUGCUGCUCAAGUGCUAGCAACAAUAUUAGUUGGAAUCCUAAGCUGAAAGCAUUAAGAAAGCCAACGAUCAAACAAGAAAUAAUUGUUCGAUGGCUCACAAUGUCACAAUUGCUCGAAAGUAUUCUGUCAUCAUAUUCAGCUUUAACAAGUAUCGCAGGUGAGAAGGGUGCCCUUCACACUCUUCCCACAAUUGAUGUGUCAACUGUAGCUACUAUUAUUGGUUUAUUCUUACCAUGGAAAGAGGUGAUCGAACGUUUACAAGCGACUAAUACACCAUCUCGUCAUCCAGUAGUUACAUCUCACUGGUAUCUUCUCGAAAGUCUGGUAGUGACGAAGGAUGAAGUAGCUGAUAGAGCAGCCAAAGGUGUUGUCUUCUUUAAAAGACAUGCACGACAAUUAUUAAAAGCAAUGUUCUCUUUGCACGAUCUAUAUUGGAUCGCUGCAAUACUCAAUCCACAUACAAGAAUGCUCAAACAUGCUACUGAUGUUGAACGUGCACAUGCAUAUUGUCUAGUGCGAGCUAGAGUAGCUAAACUUAUGGAAAUGGCACAGAUUGAUAAUAAUGAAGAAGUAUUAUCUCCAGCAACUAUGAGUCCAACAUCACCACCUCACAAAAAGUUGAAGUCCUACGCAACACAAUUUCAUGAUGACACAGAUUUAGAUGAAACAAGUAGUAAUAUGACAAUUGAAAAACAUGCUCAUCGUGAAUUAGAAAUCUAUUUACAACUGAAUUUAACUAAUUGUAAAUGUUUAAAUGAUGAUAUUGACAAUCUAUUGUUGUUCUGGAAAGAACAAGAACAUGUACUACCGAAUAUGUCACGAUUAGCAAAACAAAUUUUUUCUAUUCCUGCCUUUUCAGCUGCAGUAGAACGUGCAUUCAGUUCAGCCGGUAUUGUCGUACCACAGAGAAGAACCAAUAUCAAUCCAUCUAUAGUUAAUGAUAUUAUACUUAUUCGAUCGGCUGCAGCUUAUUUGAAGACCCACACAUAGACUCUACUUAAGUUUCUUUUUUGUAAAAAGUGAUUAUUUAUAAAAGGAAUGUAUUAUUAAAAAUAAAGUAUUUGAUAAAUAUAUUAUUUCUUCGGCUUAUACCGGGGCGGGGCGGGGCGGGGCCCGUCGCAAGAAUGGCGAGUCGGGCGGGUCGGUCCAAGAAGCUGGCUGUGAGGGGUACGGGCGGAGCGGGCAUAGAUUUGCCGGGGCACAGGUGAGGCGAGGAUUCUCAUAAAGAAUAUCCACUGGGGUCCGGGUGUGACGGGUUUGUGAAUUUUGCGGAGCGGUCCCGCGGGGCAUGGAAAAACAAUGCCCCGCACAUCUCUGGUUUAAACUAAAAAGAUUAUAUUAAGAUAACUGGAUAGUCUAGUUGGAAGUACCUACCUCUCAGUUCGCAAGAUGUUAAAACUGCAUCCUCAGUGAAAUAUUUGAUAGAGUUAUAGAGACAAUUGCCAUUUGCAAUGACAUCAAUCGGAAUCAUAUUUUGAACAUCUAAAGAUGUGCGCUGAAGAUAUAAUUUGGCUUCUUGGUAUACCUUAUGAAUAACUAGGUUGAAAUAAGUAAUGGGUGCAAGUCUUAUCAGUGUUAAAAGCCAGUCCAUCUAAAUUGCCGAAAGAGACCAUAUGACUAUAAACCUUUUUUGCGAAAACUUACAGCCCCGAUUUGUCUACAAAUAGUCUUGAUUCGAUCAUAAUAGCCGUCGGCAGUGGAUGCCUUGUCAAAUUCCAUUAAAAGUGUCUUAAAUAUUUUAAAACGAUUUGUUUUUCAACAAUUUAAACAGCAAGAAGGUGUUGUCAAUUUAGAACAAAACAGACCUCGGUGGGUGUGAGGUUUAGAUGUGGGUAUGAGUGUGAGGUGUGAGUGUGAGAUGCGGGUGUGGGUUUGUGUGGAUGCCCUCAUAAUGCAAAGACACCCACACCUGAAACGAAUUCUCUACCUCAAGUUUGGGCUUUGCCAAUACGUAAACC